UGGCGGGCGGGAUCCCUCCGCUCUGGGGAGAGCAGCGCUGGACGGUUGAGUUGGGGUGACUGAGGAAAUCCAUCCGCGUCGCCGCCGCUGCCGCCUCCGCCGCGGAGGAAGACAGGACCUCCCGCGCUCCUCUAGCGACCCCUUCGCAGAGUCCCACCGCCACAGGCCUCGGGCCAGCGGCCAGGAGCUGCCUCCCCCAGCCCCCGUCCCGCGGCCCCCAGCCGCCCCCAGCCCCGCCCCACGGGCCCGGCGCCAUGAGUGAGCUGGAGCAACUGAGACAGGAGGCCGAGCAGCUCCGGAAUCAGAUCCGGGAUGCCCGAAAAGCAUGUGGGGAUUCAACACUGACCCAGAUCACAGCUGGGCUGGACCCAGUGGGGAGAAUCCAGAUGAGGACACGGAGGACCCUCCGUGGGCACCUGGCAAAAAUCUAUGCCAUGCAUUGGGGGACAGACUCAAGGCUGCUGGUCAGCGCCUCCCAGGAUGGAAAACUCAUCAUCUGGGACAGCUACACCACCAACAAGGUCCACGCCAUCCCGCUGCGCUCCUCCUGGGUCAUGACCUGUGCCUACGCGCCCUCAGGGAACUUUGUGGCCUGCGGGGGGUUGGACAACAUCUGCUCCAUCUAUAGCCUCAAGACUCGAGAGGGCAAUGUCAGGGUCAGCCGGGAGCUGCCUGGCCACACUGGUGAGAGGGCCCUGGCUGGGCAUGAGCACUGUCUUGGGGGUAGGGGUUGUGCUGCCCUCCCUCCGUGUGUUGACCUGGCUGACAAUCCCCUUUCCCCAGGGUACCUGUCGUGCUGCCGCUUCCUGGAUGACAACCAAAUCAUUACCAGCUCUGGGGAUACCACCUGUGCCCUGUGGGACAUUGAGACAGGCCAGCAGACCGUGGGUUUUGCUGGACACAGUGGGGAUGUGAUGUCCCUGUCACUGGCCCCCGAUGGCCGCACCUUUGUGUCCGGUGCCUGUGAUGCCUCCAUCAAGCUGUGGGACGUGCGGGAUUCUAUGUGCCGACAGACCUUCAUCGGCCACGAAUCCGACAUCAAUGCUGUGGCUUUCUUCCCCAACGGCUACGCCUUCACCACUGGCUCUGAUGAUGCCACGUGCCGCCUUUUUGACCUGCGGGCCGACCAGGAGCUCCUCAUGUAUUCCCACGACAACAUCAUCUGUGGCAUCACCUCUGUUGCCUUCUCACGCAGUGGCCGGCUGCUGCUUGCUGGCUAUGAUGACUUCAACUGCAACAUCUGGGAUGCCAUGAAGGGCGACCGUGCAGGUGUCCUUGCUGGCCAUGACAACCGCGUGAGCUGCCUUGGGGUCACUGAUGAUGGCAUGGCUGUGGCUACAGGCUCCUGGGACUCCUUCCUCAAGAUCUGGAACUAACCACCCCAACCCCAGCUGGGCCCAGGCCGGGAGGGGCCCUGCCCACGCCCACACUACAGACCGGGAGCUUUGGGGCUGGGUACACACCAAGCCUCCUUCCCUAGGCCAUGGGGCCUUGGGUCCCUGCUCCCCCACCCAGGUUUGGUUCCUCCCGGGGCCCCCACUGUGGAGAUGAAGAUGGGAUGGAAUGGGGGAAGAGGAGGGGGCAGAAGGCCCUCAUCCUUUUGCUGCCCUGGGGUCAGGGCCUCACCCCUCUGGAGGGCCAGAGGCAGAAGGUGGAAACUCCAGGGGCUGGCUUUUUUAAAACUGGUUUUAUUUUAAUUUUUAUUAUAUUUUCAGUUUUUCCAUAAAGGAACCAAUUCCAACUCUGUA